AUGACUGAGUCGCAGUGGGUGCAAUCCGCCCCCGGCACGGAAAAGCGCAAACGCGCCGGACUCGCGUCAUUUACCUGUACUAAACCACUUUCACAGAUUAAAUGUGAUCUCCAAGCUAAGAUACAUGAAGGCCAAAACAGUUGCAGCAACUGCGCUUCAACUGGGAAAGUCUGCAGGUUAGUCCCUCGGCCAUCUAAGCGCGAAAGAGGUCGACUAGCUCCUGAUAUUGGAAAAUCACCCGCUUCUCCCCUGCCCACCGAUUCUCGUGGCGACAGUCGGACCGACCUUGCAUUCUCAGACUUCACUGUGGCGCAAACCGAUACUGUUAUUGAUUCCCGCGAUGUAUACAUGCCUGUGGGUCAAGAUAUCUCACCUCAUAAUCUACUUCAGCCAAGCUUUCUCGGCUUUGAUUCGGGGCUUCUUUCACAGCACGAGCUGGCCAUCUUCCACACAAGUCAGGGUGCUCAACAAUCUGAGGCGACCACGUCGGAAACAACUCAAAUCAACAACACACCGUCGGUAUUGGAUGCUUGGUCAUCGAGUUGGGUACCGUCACCCCAUGAGCGGUCAAACGGAGUUCAAACGGAGGUUGUAUUGCGUCCAGCUCGUGGUCCAUUGGAUAGCAGCACUAGCACAAUCACACAUGAUGCUGUAGAAUCAUCGGCGGGGUCAGAGAAGAAGGAGCCGAGGAGCCCUAUCGGUUUGCAACCAGAUCUGCGCCAAAGCUUCACAGAAACAUACUUCGAAUACUGCUAUACCUGGUGUCCAAUACUCGACAGAGCGACGUUGUCGAAGGAACUCGCAGAAUCCCCACUGCUGGACAACGCAAUUGCGAUUUUAGGGAGUCAUGUUCGUCCACCCCUCGUACCACAUGCAGGGCCAGCCGUCUAUUACGAUCGCGCCCGACGACUGUUCUACGAGGAAGAGGAGGAAGACCUGAUCGCCACCCUGAAAGCGAUCUCCCUCUUUUACUGGUGGGCACCCCGACCACCGUCGGUAGUACACAGACACUCUUCCUGGUGGUGGACUUCUAUUGUGAUUAAACUGGCCCAACAGGCUGGAUUUUAUCGCGAGUUCGUUACCGACGUGUCUAGGUAUAGAAUCGAGCUAUACAUUCUGCGCCGAAUAUGGUGGACUGCCUUUGCCCGAGAGCGUUUGACCGCAAUCUCUCAGGGUAAGCCGUGCCUGAUAGACCCCGAAGACUGUAAUAUACCACCACCAUCCGUGGAAGAUUUUCCGGAACUUGAAGACAAGAGCAAAGCUGAAGUAUUUGUGUAUUGGGUUCGGCUAUGUACUAUUAUUGGACGCAUCGCAAAGAGACUGUCACGCUCGGCAGCCUCACCCUCAACUACCCAAGCCUUCCCUGCGGAUUUGGGCAAAGAACUUAUUGACUGGGUUCGGUCACUCCCUGUACAUUUGCAGCUGCCCAUUGAGUCGCGCCAUACACCGAGUUUUGACCGUGAUGUUCAUCAGCUGCAUUUGCCUUAUCUCGCCGUAAUCAUAGUGCUUCAUCUGACAAGACCGUCACAAUCGCUUCCACAGGCGAUGCGACCCGCCACACUCGCAGGCUCCUGCAUUGCCCGCAUUCUCAAGGAUUUUCUGAUCAGGAGCGAGAUGAGAUCUUUGCAGCCAAUUACUUGUUGGUACGUUAACAUGGGCUUUAUGGCUCUCCUGCAGGCAUCCAGGAGCGAGGGUCUCAAGGACGGCGCUACUGCGGAUCUCGACAUUCUGGGUCUCUCUAUCAUGGAGUUAAAAAAGAUGUGGGCAACUGCCGGAAUUUUUGAACAGACCUUUGAGCGUCUACGAUCAAACGAUAAAUCCCUGAAGUCGGGAGACCUUCCUAAUCGCCAUGCAGGAAAUGAAAAAUUCGCUCGAGCUCUCGGCUCGGAGGAUGAAGACCUGCAUAGUGACAUAGACUGGGUAGAUUACUUCCCAUUUGUCUCCAGUCAGACGAGUGUCGUUGCUGAAAAACUUCUGGUUCAACAAAAGCAACACACGGGCUUCAUUUUCUGGGAUGGCUUGGGCGACAUAGCCUCCGACGUGAUUCCGAACUGUCGGGAAUUCAUGGAAGGGCUGGAGGGCUGGGCUGAUCUCAAUGCCUUCACGUAG